AAUUGAAACUAAGCUACCUACCAUUCUUUCCCAUUCCUGAGUUUCCAUUGCCGCGACAUCUGAAUUCCUCCUUGUCACUCAUAAUCACCAAAUAGAAGCCAUAAACAAAUGAAUGCCAUAGCAGCAGAACAAGUGCUGGAGCCAUGGCACAAGCUAGACGACAAAGUCGUUUUGGUGACGGGUGCUUCCUCGGGGCUCGGGCGAGAUUUCUGCAUCGACCUCGCCAAAGCUGGCUGCUGUGUCGUCGCGGCAGCUCGUCGCCUCGAUCGCCUCACUUCCCUCUGCCACGAAAUCAACCACCGAUGGCCCUCGAACGUCGGAAUCCACCGCGCGGUGGCGGUGGAGCUUGAUGUCGCCGCCGAUGGCCCCGCCAUCGACAGGGCUGUGCAGAAGGCCUGGGACGCCUUUGGCCGCGUUGAUUCCUUGAUUAACAACGCUGGUGUCAGAGGAAGUGUUAAAUCACCCUUGAAAUUGUCUGAAGAGGAAUGGGAUCAUGUCUUCAAGACUAACCUAACUGGUUGUUGGUUGGUGUCAAAAUAUGUAUGCAAACGCAUGUGUGAUAUCCAGCUUAAGGGAUCAAUUAUUAAUAUUUCUUCAGUUUCUGGUUUAAAUCGGGGGCAAUUGCCUGGAGCUGCUGCAUAUGCAUCUUCGAAGGCAGGGGUAAACAUGCUGACUAAGGUCAUGGCUAUGGAAUUGGGGAUGCACAAAAUUAGAGUAAAUUCCAUAUCCCCUGGAAUUUUCAAAUCUGAAAUAACUGAAAAUUUAUUACAAAAAGAUUGGCUGAAUGAUGUGGUCAGGAAAAUAAUGCCUUUGAGAAGAUUAGGUACUUCAGAUCCAGCAUUAACAUCUCUAGCUCGUUAUCUUAUUCAUGAUUCUUCUGAGUACGUCACGGGCAACAAUUUUAUUGUCGAUUAUGGAGGCACCUUACCAGGUGUACCAAUUUAUUCUUCUCUGUAAAUUUUGGUACAUUAUGCACUAACGAAAAGUAAUACUAUGAAUUAUUCCAUUACAUAUCUUCAAAUUAGACAAUAUGGAGUUCUGAAGUCUAUGUAUAUGGAGAAUUAUUGUGAAGUGGCUACCACCUUGAUCUUACCAUAUAAUGCUCCAGAUGUCCAUGUAUAAAUCAUGUGGUCGCGAUUGGAGUUUUGAUAUGUU